GUUAAAGUCAAUGGGACUCAGGCACAUGGUGGCUGCCCCGGGCCUGGUCUCCAUCUGUGCUUCAUGCCGUGACUGUACCAUACUGGGAUAGUAGAGUCUCAUUCUUCGUCAGCCCUGCUGUGGGCAGUGCUCUGCAUAUCUGCUACUGCUACUCUCCCCUCAUCCUCCAUCUUGGCAGCCACACUUUGCCUCUUGUAGGAUGAAUAGAUUUUCCCUCUCCAGGCGGUGGCCCUUUGCUUCUAGUGACCAUUCCCUAUAACUCCCAUCAAAACCAGCUAGGAAGCCAUGAUGUCUGAUCCCCCUGGUUUGAUCUGUUGUCAUUUCUGUCUCAUCUGGCACAGAGUGGAGCAGGAAGAAGUCGAAAAGAAGGAAGUCCUACAGAACAGAGUGGAUGAUUGCGAUCUGACCCCUUCGGUUCUGGAAGAAGAGUGUGACAGCGACCACUCUUACAGUGAUGAAAACCAAACUGAUCAGGAGGGACCGAAAGGACAAGAGUCAGUUGCCCCCAGGAUCGGCGGACAGCAGCUAGAGGUGGUGAAGCAGGACGUCUCACGGGACUCUCCCGAUAAACACUGCUUGACAUAUUCAGUUCUUCCCGACCUCUCUGACUCUGACCGGCCUUACCGCAGCGCCGCCAUCUUCUCACCUGAGGACCUGGAAGUCUGUUCCUCUCUAGAAGUGGCCAAAAACCAAACUGAUCAGGAGGGACCGAAAGGACAAGAGUCAGUUGCCCCCAGGAUCGGCGGACAGCAGCUAGAGGUGGUGAAGCAGGACGUCUCACGGGACUCUCCCGAUAAACACUGCUUGACAUAUUCAGUUCUUCCCGACCUCUCUGACUCUGACCGGCCUUACCGCAGCGCCGCCAUCUUCUCACCUGAGGACCUGGAAGUCUGUUCCUCUCUAGAAGUGGCCAAAAACCAAACUGAUCAGGAGGGACCGAAAGGACAAGAGUCAGUUGCCCCCAGGAUCGGCGGACAGCAGCUAGAGGUGGUGAAGCAGGACGUCUCACGGGACUCUCCCGAUAAACACUGCUUGACAUCUUCAGUUCUUCCCGACCUCUCUGACUCUGACCGGCCUUACCGCAGCGCCGCCAUCUUCUCACCUGAGGACCUGGAAGUCUGUUCCUCUCUAGAAGUGGCCAGUCAUUGGGCCAAAGGAGGCAGGACAAACUCAACUCACCUCAUCAACAUGAACGCCGAAGGUGUCUGCCAGACCUAAUUUGGGUGAAACAUCUCUUCUCACCUUCAAUAAGCUCUACGUUUCAUCUCUGAGCCAGGUCCUUUACGAAUCUAUGCCGGCCACUGUCAGUUGGCAUU